UGUAAGGUGGUGUAAAAGGCACCCUUUUUUGCAAGUGUACCCUGGAGGGUUGCGCAGCCCUCGGCCAUUUUCUCAGUAAUAUGAGUAACUAAUGAGUUGCAUAACGUGAAUGUAUUGGGAGUGUUCUGCUAAAGUCUUAAUGUAUUUUGGUGAAGUUCAGAGGGGAGUAUGUAGCCGAGCUAAAUUUAAUUUGAUUUUGUUUUAUUUUUUUAUCAUUGUUCAUACCUUUUUUAUUGUGAACUCCACCAAAUAUUGGUUCCUAAGUAAGUUGAUUUCGUUGUUUCAUAUGGCAUGCCUUUUGUUUCCCUGGGGAGUGGUUUGGCGUUGCACCUGUGUGUCUAGCGUCAGUGAGCGCUGAUGCACGGAGCUGGUGAAUUCCGUUUGUGUCUCUCCGUUAGAUUUUUAUGUUAACCCCUUGUUUGUUGCCCUUGAACGGCUGUGGUGGUUCACACUGCUUUGCGACGUGCUUUUAGACACGCGGGAGAAAGUCUGGUGCGUAGACAAUUUAAUUGAACUGUUGGAAGGGUGGAUUUUGAUUAACUCGUAACCUAGCUUGAGCCGGUGGUAGCUUAGUUUUUUUCCCGCCUUGAUAUUUCAAAUGCGGUUGUUUUAUCCGGUAUGUGUGGUCAAUUGUUUGCUUCCUUUGUUUUGUAGAGUGGAGAGUGAUACCCCGGAUUGUGUGUGACGCCCGUGUUGUUUUGUCUCCUUUGGAAAGGUAUGCCUGUUAUGUGCCUUGUUUAUGGUAAAAUAUGUAAAAUGAGUGUGAGGAAAAUGACGAUUCUAUUAUAUUUUAUUUCCUUUAUUAGUGUAUAUAUUUAAUAUACUGUCUUUUUAUUUUAUUUAUUUAUUUGAGAUCAUUUUAUGCUUUGUUUACAUUUUUAUAAUUUAUUCCCUGCAUGUAUUCAUUGAAAGUCACAGGAUAUAUUAAGCUAGCGUGAGUGAGUGAGCGCUGAUGCACGGAGCUGAGUGGAGAGUGAUAUCCCGGAUUGUGUGUGACGCCCGUGUUGUUUUGUCUCCUUUGGAAAGAAUAAACCUCCAGUACUCGACUCCUGUGUGUGCCUCACUCAAAGAUACAAGACACAACACAGAAAGACAUCGGUUACACAUGUACCAAGGAAGGUCCCCGUGGCCUUGAGAGACAAAGUAAAGGCAGAACUGAGAAGAAUGGAAAAACCUGGACGUCAUUGAAAAAGUAACAGAACCCAGGCCGUGGGUAAGCAGCAUGGUCACAGUAUGGAAACCAGAAAAACUGAAAAUCCGGAUAUGCAUGGACCCCAAGGACUUGAAUGCCGCUAUUGAAAGGGAGCACUACCCCAUGAGGACGAUCGAAGAAGUGAUGGCUCGGAAGGCUGGAGCAAAAGUGUUCAGCACACUAGAUGCUCAAUGUGGAUACUGGCAGGUCAAGUUGGACAAAGAAAGUUCAGCGCUGUGCACCUUUAACACCCGUUUCGGUCGCUACGCAUACAAAAGGCUACCCUUGGAAUAAACACAGCUGGAGAAAUAUAAUAUAAAUUAAGUCUACUUCAGGAAAAGUGGCAGGUGCUUCUUGAUGAAAAGGAGCUUCUCUGCUUUGUCACAUGAAAGUCUGUUCCUCUUCUCAUCGAUGACAUGAGAAGCAGCGCUAAACUCUCUCUUGCUAUCGGUGCUUGUGCAUGGAGCAGACAAGUAUCUAGGAUGGGAACAGAGAAUCAAAACAGUUAUCUCAUAGCAUCGACAUUGUAGGCUAUCUGUUUUUUGUAGGUCUUUUUAUUUUUAUUGAUGGCAUGUUUUUCUUUUCUGCCUAAGAAAUAAUUACAUUUUUGAAUGUCGGUAUAUGCCUUCUAUUUUUACACACUAUAGUAUAUAAGUAUAGUAUAAUAGUUCAAAAUAUAUAGCCUAACAAGAACUUUAUGAAUAACAUAUUUAAUUCCAUUUCCUAAAUAGCUAACCUGCGUGCCGUCUGUGCCAGGUCGGGAAAGCGGCCUUGAUUUGCCCUCCAAUAUCCGAGAGGGUUAAUGCUCCUGGGGAUGGGGACUUCUGAUAGAAAAGCAUCCAGCUGUUGAGCUUGUCUUCUGACUGGUAUUUGGAUUGCUCUCUUGGAGAAUCUCUUCGAACAUGUCAGACAGUAAGCAGGUGUUGACACUAUGGUUUCAAAAGCACUUGCCCAUCGGGCAAGUACAGGUCAGGUUCAACUUGCCCGAAUGUGAUGUUCACUUGCCCAAAUUAUAAUCAGAAUCGUGAACAGGCCUCUUUUUGCCAGGCACGCGGCCUGGUUUUCGGGGGGCUCAGAAAAAUCAUCCUAGCUCAGACUGAGGCUGAAUGUUAGCUUCCACACAUGUUGUGUUUAAAAAAUAAGAAACUUCUCUUUGUUUACUUAUUUAGAGAGCGGUCACAUCGUGCCAUGAAGUGAUUUCAGUCCACCGUUGUAACCUAUUAAAUCUAACGCCAAGUUAUAUGUAGACCUGCAUGAUUUCAUGCAAAUUUACUUAAAGGAGCAUUUCACUGGUGGAGGCAUGAAUAUGUAUUGAAAUUGGGUCCUAUAUGUAGUCGGAUAAAAAAAUAAAAUUCUAAUUUGGUGCCGUCUUGACCGAGAAAAUGCAGAAAGUGAUUUUUUUGUGCUUAUGGAUGGAAGACAACAACUCCCACCAUGCACCACGAUGCACUGCUUUGCUGGCCACUCCCGCUGAUCUAGAUCUCCGCCUAUCGGACACCUCAGUGGCUGUUCCAUCUACCAAGCUGAUACCGCAAGACUGCUUGAUAAUCAUUUCACAAAACAUUUCGGUAACACUUUAGUUUGAUAGUCCACUGUUGACACUCAACAAGCCAUCAGUAGAUAUGCAGUUGCAUGUCAACAGUGAAUGAGUUGACAUUCAACCGAACUAUCUCAACUGAUAAGCAACAUGUAUUCAACUAACUGUAAGUUAACUAUAAGUUGCACUAUUAGUAGAUGGUUAGUUGAUAUUUGACAGAGCUUGUUCAACAGAUAAGAAACAUGGAUUCAACUAACUGUCUGUUAACUAUAAGUUGCGCUAUUAGUAGAUGUUGUUUUGUACACGUAGCAUGCAUUCAACUAACUGUCAGUUAACUAUUAGUUGCAUUAUUAGUAGAUGGUUAGUUGAUAAUCAACAAAGCUUUCAACAGAUAAGAAACAAGCAUUCAACUAACUAAGUUAACUACACGUUGCAUUAUUAGCUGGCGUUUAGUUGAUAUUCAACAGUGAGUUAGUUGAUACUCUACAGAGCUUGUCAACAAAUAUGUAACAUGCAUUCAACUAAGUGUUAGUUGACUAUAGUAUAUUUUUAUUUCGUUCAUUUGUUUUUACAAAAACAGUCUGCAACAGACAUUGUGCUUUUUACUACAUGUUCUUUACAAAUAUUCAACUAUCAGUUGAGUGUCAACUUCUAGUAAGUUGACUAUCAACUGCUGUUAUUAACCAAUUCUCAACUUACGUUUCAUAUGGAUCAACUUACCCUCCACUCACAAGGAACACAUCUAAUGAAUGAACAUUCAACCCUCUGUUGAUCAGAUAUGUUCAUUGUAAAAUAAAGAUGAGAAUAUUUUAUCAAUCAAUAGGCACCCUGUGUAGGUGACAACCUGUUGAUUGUCAUAUGACUGUCGACAAACUAUCAGUCAAUAUUCAACUAAGCAUUAGUAGAGAGGUCUUAGGACUGUCAAAUUAAAGUGAAAACAGUUUAGUGUCUACACACUAUUAACAGAGCAAAACAGAGAAAAUAGUUCAUUCUCAACAAACUAUCAGUCGAUGUUCAACUAAGCAUUAGUAGAGAGGUCUUAGGACUGUCAAAUUAAAGUGAAAACAGUUUAGUGUCUACACACUAUUAACAGAGCAAAACAGAGAAAAUAGUUGAUUCUCAACAAACUAUCAGUCGAUGUUCAACUAAGCAUUAGUAGAGGUCUUAGGACUGUCAAAUUAAAGUGAAAACAGUUGAGAACAGUAGCGGUCUACAAACUAGUAACAGUACAAAAUAGAGACAAGUUUUGCUCAACUGAUCAGUAAAACUGGAUGACCGCAAAGUGAAAUAAACAACACAUAAGCAGCAUAUCAGAGAAGAAAGCAACUUUAUUAUUUAAAAAAAACUAAGAGUCAAAAGAAACAAGAAUACUAUAUACCGUUUGAACAAAUAAAACAAAAACAUUUUUUUUUUUUUAAAUAAACUAAGAGUCAAAAGAAACAAGAAUACUAUAAACCGUUUGAACAAAUAAAACAAAAACAUUAUUUUUUUUUUUAAAUAAAUAAACACUUUCCCCUUUCUCCUCUGUCCAUUUCAGCCUCAGCCUCUUUUGGUGAAUGGUAUCAGUUUCUUUUUCUUUUUAAGUUCAUCAAUCUUCAAAGAAAGCUCUCCAACUAUUUUUGAGUCGCAGACCUUUGAUAAAUGGAGGAGCGUCUUUUUGCCCUUUAUCUCCUCCAGGACACUUCUGUCAGCUAUGUACAGUUCCGCGAUUGCGGCGGUGUCCUUCACAGCAUUUCUUGAGACGCCUGCCUUUGCGAAUGCCCUUGACAUUGUGUGUCCCCUUUCCAUUAUUCGAAGGACCUGGCGGUACCGCUUCACCACAUCCGAUAUGGUUGUCACUGAAAAUGGAAAAAAAAUCCAUUUCAUCACUCAAUUUGGCCCACCUGAUUGUGUUUACCUGCUCGAUACUGCUCAACAGUUGGCAAAUCAUUUGUUUGAUCUGUUUUAACAAUUGAUUUCCGGAAAAGAAAAAUGUUGAAUUGAUAAACAAUUCUGUUAUUUAAAAAAAAAGUACUGGUAUUGAUAAAAAAUGAGUUAAUAAUGGUUAAACACAAUACAAUUCCAAAAUGGUCAAGGGGUUCACAAACUUUCAAGCAGCACUGUAUAUGUAAUUUCUGAACCUAAAGAAAUACAGGACAAUUAUAUCAUUUACUUUACCACGAUAUCCUUUGGCCUUUGACUUCUUCGACUUCUUCGACUUUUUGCUCCUUUUUUUUGCUUUUUUCUUGUGCUUCCUCUUUUUUUUUCGGCCAUCAGAGGAGGAAGAGCUGCUGCUGCUGGAAUCUGAGUCUGUGCUGGAGCUGCUACUUGCGUCAGUGUUUGACUCUGGUUCGGGGUCAGUGUUGUCCACUGUGUCACCUAGGAAAUGACGAAAAGCAGAAAAAAGCACUUAAAACAACUUUUAAGGGUAACUUUACCCCCAGUCUCAGCAUAACUUGUCACACUGCACAAUUUUGAAAAAUGCGUUCUGACCAAGGUUCUGACGGCUCAGUUAGGAAGGAGGUGGCUGUAAAGGACACUGGGUUAAUCUAGCUGUCACUCAGGAAGAUCUAAAUGAUAUAACUUCCUUGAAAAGCAGAGUGACAGAGAGUCUAAGGGCGCUAUCGCUACACGAUGUGAGCUCAUGUCACACAGAUGUGUUGUUUGAGGUGGAGGAUUUUUCUGAUUUUAAAUUGUUGGAGGGCAAUUCGGAAGUAGAUGAUGUAUCUUGAUAGUAGUGUUAUGAGACAGAGUAGCCUGAGUGAGUGAGCGAGAAUGGCAGUGUGUUGUUGUUUGAGGGAUUUCAGUGAGUGAAUGGACGAGCGAGGAGAGCGAGCGGUAGCAUGUGUCUGGGUGUGUAAAUGCAAGCGAGAGAAAGCAGCAUAAGCUAAUGCAACCAACUGUAAAGUGAGUGCAACGGGAAUAAAGUAAGCCUGUCAAGAAUCGGUGUCCUCCUCAUUCCGAACCACUGCCGGUAGAGUUAAGGGUGUUACCGUAACAGUUGUGUAAUUUUUAAAAGAGCGCAGCUGGCUGGCUUUGCAGCGUUCACCUGUAAGGCGCAGGUGUGAAUAGUGCCCACCUGAUAUGCUGAUGUCUAUCAGAUGUUGUGACGUAGAGUGACCCUCCUACAAUGGGUGAACUCCAAUAUUGUGAUUGUUGUAGUGAAGCCACAUACAUUACAGUUUUUUUUCGAUCGCUAACCUGAAAAAAACCCACAUUGAGCUCCAGUUAUGGGCACAACUGGAGCUCAAUGUGCAAAAAUCUAACUACAGUCUGCACUACCAACAGUCACUGGAGCUGAACAGUUCACAUCACCUGCAAAAUAGGCUCAGAGCAGUAAACACUAUGAACCAGCCUCAUCGCGAUGACACAUAAUGUCACUCAGAACACAUCCACACUCUCACUGCCACUCUUCUCCCUCCACCAACCUUUCUUCCUUGGUCCAUUUCCAAAAGAAAGUAUUUUUGCACUUUCCCUAUAUACUGUAUAUGUUCACUCACAAGUCUAAAACAAGACACCUUGUGUUUCAGUUGAAAUAGCAAUCCACAGUAGGGCUUUGACUUUUGCCCAAAAGUCAUAUUCGAAGUUCGUUUGUUUAUUAAUAUUAAUAUUUGAAUAUAUUCGAAUAUUUAUUAAUAGUAUUUUGACCAUUUAAUGCCUUCAGUAAGACCUGGGCUGAAUCCAAAUACUUAGUACAUACUAUUUCUGUUCAGUGUCUACUGAACAGAAGCGUUCUACGCAUAGCUGAAGACCAUACUACACUGUCAAGUGUAGUACGGUCUACAGCUAUGUGUAGAACGCUUCUGAAAGCUUCCGAACACCGCCGAAACUCCACCGGAUGUUUGGAGAUGACGUAUCUCCCCUCAGAUGCCGGCAAAACUACCUUGAUAAGUUACCUGUUUUCCGUCUUGUCAUCGUUGCUAUAAAAUUAAAAAUGUCUCUUUUUACUUGAUGACUUACUUUACUUUUUUACUCUUUUUAAUGACUCUUUUUUCGCCGCUUUCUACGACGUCUUUCUAAGCCGCUGUUGGUAGUGUCGGGUCAGCCAUCACUUCUUCGUUCGUUACCAGACUCCGGUUGCAUUGUGGGAUAGCGUAGUGACCUACCGUUGUAUACUGUGGCGGUAGUACCAAUGGGUAGUACGCAUUCUUUAACGUUUUCUGUACUACACAAUGCGUACUGAGCAUUCGGACGCGCUAUAUUUGUGGCGUACUACAAAAUGCAUACUAUAAGUAUGAGUAUUCGGAUUCAGCCCUGGAUUGGGUUUUGCAAGGUUAGUUUACCGGCGUUGCUAUGGUUACCGGUCUUGUGUGUUCCAACGGUUUAUUGGGUUUCUGAUAAAUCGCUGUCUAAUCAAUACUUCAUUCACUGCCUCUUCCGUGGUCAUUACAAUAUUAUGAAUAGACUGCGUCGGGUUCUCCGACGUCUCUCCUCUUGGCCUGCCGAUAACAGGUUCGAAUAUUAAGGGCUGCCUAAUAUUCGUUGAUUUAUUUUUUGAUAUUCGAAUUACCGGUAUAUUCGAAUUACGAAGUUCGAAGUCAAAGCCCUAAUCCACAGUGUUUAAAAUGCACCAGGAUGAAGUCCAUUCUGUUUUGAAUGUGUGGUUUACAGUUGUGACAGCAGUGUGUUAGCAUUUGAUCAAAGUGCUGAAAAUCCACAGUGUUGUGCAGGUUGUGAUAUAAGCCAUGAGAUAAGUGUGUAGAGUUCUGAAAAUUGUGUUUAAGCAAUGAAAAAUUAGCUAGUGGUUGGUCCACAGGAACUGCAUGCUGAGUUUUGCACGUGUCGCUCCAGUUGUGCCCACUGUGGUUAAGCGAUCAUAAAAAACUGUAUUGAAGUCCUCAGGUAAUACUAUACUCUAGCUUUACAAACCUUGCUCUGCUGAAGGCCUUUGCUCAAGCUGCUGCUUCAGUAAAGCAUUCUCCUCCUCCAGCAACUCGAUCCGGGUCUGCAGCUCUUCUGACCGCUUCUUCCAUUGGACUUUGCCUAGUUGAAAAAUAAUAUUUUCCAUAUUAACAACUGCAACAUAUGACAUGAUAGAUAACAAAUUCAUGUUAGUAGAGUAUAUGAGGCAAACUUGUAGGAAAAGUAAAAUGUUGAUCUAUAAAACAUACUACUGAAGUCUCGACUGGACACACUGACAAGCAUAGAAGAAAUUCAAAUCUCCUCAUGAAGCACAUGAAUCUGCACCUGCCACUGUCAGGCAACUCGGAGUCCAACAAAAAUAAUCCCACACAAGGAUCAAUUCUUCCCCACCAUAAUAUGUGUUAAGGUGUGUUUUUCUGCACAAUCCUCCUCUCUCUGGAUGUGUUUUACAUAGCGUGGUUCCAGAGUACGCCUGUUUUAGGCACCUGAAUACUGUGGAUAUUGUCUUUAAUAAUCGUGAUUACACUGUCAAUCAAAAUAAUCGUGAUUAUGAUUAUGAUUUUUGCCAUAAUACACAUGCUGAUAUGUUCAGCGAUCAGAUGGAGAGGAGCGUCUCCCGUAGCCUACAGUGCCAACAGGUUCACGCUGCGCUUUGCAUGAAGUGUGUGUGUUUUUAUUUUUCUUCCCAACGGGACCGUCAAUACUGUCCCAGUGUCAGUUUGGAGCUGAACUGCGCCGAACUGACACCCAGCUGAUACACAGCUAAAUCAGCUGUGUUUCAGCUUGAGCCUAUUCUUCUCGCGAGCCGCGCGUCCAGCAGCAAAAAUACAGUAGGCUAUACAUUAUGUUUCACAUCGUAGGCUACAAACCACAUAACGUGGCAUUGACAUAGGGCUACAUAUUAUAAACAUAUGAAACAACAAUAAUUAGAUGUUUUUCUUCUUUAUUUAUAGGCUAGAUGUAGGCAUUUUUAUUAUUUUUAACCCCAUAUUAUAUCAAUGAUAUAUUUCGCAGUUUUUAUUUCGAUCUUCCUGCUUCUCUCCACCCCAGAAUGUCUGUCCAAUGAAUGAAUGACCUCAGAUCACGUGUGGUUUUGCUUCGUAAUGCUGGUUCACUUGCAAAAGGGGCAGUAUGAAAGUGGACCACACCAAACAAAAAAAAUCUAAAUUCUAUUUGGUCUGGACCAAAGCAAGUGAACCAACGGACUUUCCAUGUGUGAAUACACCUUAAGUCACACCACUAAAUACAUGAGUAAUACCAUCUGAUGACACUAAAAUGCGCCUUGAUAGGCGCUCAUAGGCGCACAGGUCACACGAGACAAAAACCUGCAAAAAUUAUGUAGAUAAAUAUCACUGGUAAGGGCUUCUGUUUUUGGUUGAAAUACAGUUGCUUAAUUGCAGCUGAAUUAUUACUUUGAAAAGUAGUCUAGCCACCGUCUCGCAAUUAAACGCUUGUGGUGGCGUUAAUAAAAAGUCCCACAAUUUUAUGGUUCAUGGUCUAAAGCUAAUUAUGAGCCUUUGGUUGAUAUCCAGACAAUCCUCUAUUAUUCAGUUGGCAAUGACCACCCGCAACACUGCUACAUGCGCCAAAGUAUGUGAAUAUCGAGAUGGGAAGAAAAGUCUACGAUGUCGCCAAGCAGCUAUUAACGUCGUCACCCCCCAGCUAAGCAAAGCUAACGUUACUAGCUCUUGCCGAGCCCGGCCAGAAACAGUUUGAGUAUUACAAUAACUUUACAAAUGUGUCAACCCAACUUACCAGCAGUAGGCAUAUCGGAGCUUUCUCCUUCAUUCCCCCGCUGUCCUUUUGAAAGGUUGCUGCAAAGAAAAGUGAAAUGCAAAAACUGCAGACACAAAAUGAAGAUGGUCUACUACACACAGUCCACAGAUCUCCACAUCUGGGAGUGCCGUCGUAAAAGAUGUGGACGUUUGAGGAGAAGUGUAAGGACCAAGUCUCUUUUCUCAAACUCACACUGUAGUCUCUUCACAUGGAUGAAGUACAUUCACAGAUUUGCACAGGGUUUGCAGCUACGGCAGGUAGACAUGCUUCAGGAUGGCAUCACUAAAAGCACUGCUACACUCUCAAUGAUGUCUAAAAAACUGCGAAGAAUGUGCCUAAAAAGCCUUAAAAGGCACAGGAAAGAAAAAGGCCAGAAAAUCGGUGGAGUCAACGCUAUCGUCCACAUUGACGAGAGCAAGUUCUGCCAUAAGCGCAAGUACGGAAGAGGGCGCUUCGGGAACAGCUGGAGGAGAAAAAGGACAUGGGUCUUUGGAAUGCUCCAAAUCAAACGGUCUGACAGGCGUCCUAUUCUUCGCCUCGUGCAGAGACGAAAUAAGGAGACCCUUGUUCCUAUCAUCAAAAAGCAUGUUAAGCAUCACAGUCUCGUCGUAAGUGAUGAGUGGAGAGCGUAUGCCGGUCUCGCCACAGAGGGCUACAGGCAUGUCAGGGUGAACCACAGCCAACAUUAUGUUGACCCUCAGACAGGACUCCAUACUCAGAACCUCGAGAGAGCGUGGCAGACCUAUAAAAAGGAAAUUUGGAGAAUGCGGGGGAAUCGGUCGGAGAAGGCCUUGAAAGAGCAGCUCUGCUUUAUUGAGUGGACCUACUGGUUAGCGAGGAAAAAUUCAGAAGGUGUCCUUGGCAGGCUUGUCAAGGACAUAAGGCGCUCCUAUCAGAAAUAGGAAGCAGAGCUUGGCAUUGAUCAAAAUAAGCUGAAAUGGACAGAGGAGAAAGGGGAGUGUUUUAAUUUAUUUUUAAAAGAAAAGUUUUUGUUGUAUAUGUUCAAACGGUUUAUAGUAUUCUUGGUUCUUUUGACUCUUCAAACUCUUCCUUUGUAAAAAGAGUUCUGUUAAAGAUUAGUUUUUUUUUAAUAAUAAAGUUGUUUAUUUCACUUUAUUUCACACUUGU